AUGCCCGUUCGCCUCGAGGACGCAGAGGAGUACGAGCUUCCCGCUUUGCGGCGUGGUAGCGGCAGCAACCGCAAUAGCCACGAUGGCGACUUUGGCGACCACGUCCUUGACAGUGACGGCGAGGAUGACGAGCGGCAACUGCGGGCUGCGGGCGAAGCAGACAAUGAACAAGCCCGUCUCCUCGCUGCUGAGGGAAAGGUGUCCGGGGAGCUGGAUGAGGAUGACGACGAGUAUGUCCGGCGGGUUCGCUCGCCCGAAGACGAGGACGAGAUGAUCGGCAAAGGUGGCAAGGUGGAAGCUCUCAUUGCUCGUUCGGUCCCGUCAACAGACGACCCGAGCCUUCCAUCACUGACCUUUCGCGUCAUUGUGUUGGGCUCGUUCUUCUGUGUCAUUGGCGCAGCCGCGUCGAUGAUGUUCUAUUUCAAGUCGAACGCGCCGAGCUUUAGCUCGUACUUUAUCAUUCUCGCGACGUACCCCUUGGGACACCUCAUGGCCAACGAAAAGUUCAUUCGUCGGGGGAGGCGGGUCCUGGGUGUCAAUCUGAACCCGGGACCGUUCAGCGUCAAAGAGGCAAUCCUUGUUAGUGUCCUGGCCUCUUCCGGUGCCAUGUCUGCCUACGCUGCGGACAUUCUCGCCAUUCUAGACCUCUACUACAAGGCGCCCCUGGCGACGUUCCCGUCCAUCCUCCUCCUCCUCACGACUCAGUGCAUUGGGUUUGGCCUUGCUGGCAUGCUAUACAACCUCCUUGUCGCCCGGCCGUCCAUGUACUGGCCGUCAACCCUUGUCACCGUCCAACUCUUCACCACCUUAUACGAGUCAAGCGCCACGACCUCCACGGCAGCAGGGAGACAGCUCACCACGCGCCGGUUCCAGGUCUUCUCCGUCAUCUUCCUAGCGACCUUCAUCUACCAGUUCUUCCCCUUUCUCCUCUUCCCCACACUCACCUCGGUAUCGGUGUUGUGUCUCGUCAACAACAAUAGCUGGUGGAUGCGCACUCUUGGAGGGGCUUAUGAGGGUCUGGGUAUCCUCGACUUCAGCUUUGACUGGAGCAGUAUCGGAAGUACGGGACCGCUGUACACGCCAUACUGGGCAUUGGGAAACUACUUUGGCGGUUUGAUCGGUAUGAUUUGGGUGAUUGUGCCGAUCAUCCUCGCGUUCAACUUUUGGAACGCGCGUGACUUUCCCUCCCCGACCUCGCCCGGUCUGUUCAACGCCACUUACGACCGAUUUGACGUCACGGCGGUGCUCAACCCAGAUCUGUCGCUCAACGAGGAGGCAUGGGACAGUGCAAAGCCACUCCUUCUGACACCAUACUUUGCACUCACGUACGGGUUUGCAUUUGCCGCUCUGUCGAGUAUCCUCGUGCACGUGUGGUUGUGGCACCGACAGGAGAUCAAGGAAGCACUUUGGAGCAAGGCACAGCUGAACGACACUCACAACAAGCUCAUGCGCACGUACCGUGCUGUCCCGCAGUGGUGGUACAUUGCGCUGCUCGUUGUCAACUUUGCCGCAGCCGUCUUCAUGGUAUUGACCGCCCCGCUGCAGAUGCCUGUCUGGGCACUGACGUUGUCACUGGCAAUUGCAGCUGUGUUCUUGAUUCCUAUUGGCGUCGUCGCAGCCGUCAGUAACACACAGAUUGGGCUGAAUGUCAUGACGGAAUUUGUUGCGGGAUUCUUGAUGCCCGGCAAACCCAUCGGAAACGUCACGUUCAAGUGCUUUGGCUACAUGGCAAUGUCACAGGCGCUGCAGCUUGUCGCCGACCUCAAGCUGGGAUGGUACACGUCCAUUCCGCCUCGUGAAAUGUUCGCUGCUCAAAUCAUCGGCACGGUGCUGGGCGCACUUACAAACUACAUCACUCUGCAAUCUGUGCUGUCGUCCAAACGACAGUAUCUGGACGGUACGAUGACCGACCCAACUGGGCAGUGGACUGGCCGCCGGCCGCAGAUCUUCUACUCUGCCAGCAUCAUCUGGGGUGCCGUCUCUCCGCGACGCUUCUUUGCGGGCAAGUAUGCCGUGCUGUAUCUCGGCUUCCCGCUCGGUGCAGUUGUUCCUAUUAUACUGUGGUUUGCGCACAAGCGGUGGCCGAACAAGAAGCUCCACAAGGUCAACUUCUCCAUCAUCUGUGCUGGUGCCAUUCUUAUUCCCGAAUAUCCUACCAACAUCAUUCUCACAGGAGCUGCAACUGCAGUGUUCGUCAAUGGGUGGUUUGCGAAACGGUACCCCACCAUCCACGGCCAAUUCAUCUACGUGGUGAGCUCGGCCCUGGAUGCCGGCACCUCCAUCACGGCGCUGGCGAUAUAUUUCCUGUUUGGCGGCGUCAUCUUUACCUGGAAUGGACCCAACUGGUGGGGCAACUCGCAGAUAGACAGCGAGCACUGCAAGCCAGGCAGCUAG